CAACCUGGUGAGCUCAACGAAGUUGGUCAAUAAAUAGAACAGUACGGCCAAAAGUGUUGAGCGGUUAAAUAAGAAAAGUCCUAGUCCAAAUUCCCAGUAUAGUAUCCCAGUGUUCAGCUCAGUCAAGUCAGUUCAAGAGUGUGCGACGACGACGACGACAUCAUCAUCAGCCCAGUACUGCUGCGUGGCAAGUUAAGCAAGUGCAACAUAUGGCAGACGUGCUCAAAAUGCACGCCACUUGUGGCAACAAAUUUGCAACUGCUACGGACAGCUUCUGGUGGGCCAAUUAUCAUGGCAUGCAAUGUAAUCAGUCAGCAGCAACAACUACAGCAACACCAGCAGCAGCAGCAGCAGCAGCGGCGGCAGCAGCAUAAGCCAACAAAUACAGCAGCAUCGAGCAGAACUUUUACCAAGAAGCAUUAUCCAAUAGAAUCGUACUCUCUAAAGCUAUUGAAUAUUGCCAAUCAGCGGCAAUUUGUUUAUUCGACAGCGCCACUGUUGCUGUUGUUGCUGCUCCUCAGCCGCGGAGACUUCGCAGGCGCGGAGGGUAACGUUGGUUGUCAGUUUGUAAGGACACUUUGCAUACCGAACGCCGAAGUCUGCUACGAUGACAACAUCUUUGGAAAGUGUAUACCCACCACAGGAGUUGCAGUCGAAGACAUUGAGAGGUCCGUACUCAGUGAGGACGAAUUUCGUUUACUUGGUACAAUGCUUGAGGAGCUGCAGGGAGAGGGGCUAGGGUGGGAGCAUGCUUACGUGCAGUGCCGCAUUCAGGGCACGCUCUUCUCGCUGCAACGCCAUCAGCAGCUGCCCCCCAACCUGUGCGCCAAUCUGGCCCCGGCCUCGUCCGAGCUCGAGGACGAUCCUGUGGGCGUGUCCGCCUAUGUGCGGCUAGCGCCCCCUCAACUUAGCGAGGCGGCCAUUGAUUACUACGAACAGCAGUUGCCCAGCGGCUUCUAUCCGAGCAUUAAGAAGAAGAAAUUGCAGUCACAGCAGCAACAGCAGCAGCAGGAGAAGGAAUCUGGCAUUAACACCAUUUUGCAUGAGCUACAGCUGCAAGAGCGGCGUCGUCUGCGGCAUGAUCCACUGGAGCUGGAGCAUUUCGGCAAGCUGGAGGGUCAUGCCAAGCACACGCAGCUGGAGCAGCCAAGCGUCAUGGAUGCCUUUCUGGACACGGAGCGUCAACGUGAGCAGCAGCAGUUGGGCGAUGAGGAGGCGAAGCAGAAAGUAGAGCUCUACCAAAUGCUGGCCGCCUCGGAGCCCGAUCCGCAGCCAUAUCAACGUAAGACGGCAGUGCCAGCGAAUGCUAUGGACAAGCUGGAGGCCAUAGUGGAGCAGCAGCAACGACAACUGGACAAGCAGCAACAACAACAGCAGCAGCAGCAGCAGCAGCAAGGAAUUGAUACCCUGAUGGUGCCUGCGGAGCUGAGCGAGUCCAAUGAGUUGUACUUUCCGAAUAACUAUGCGCCCUUCAAGCGACCUUCGUACUUUCGCGAACGCCAAGAGCCGCAGCUUGAGUCGGAUGUGGUGGAGCCGGAGCUAAUGAAGCGUCGUCCUGCGCCCAGCGAUCUCAACUCGCAGGAGCAGGCACUCAUCUUUGAGUCCGGCUUGCUGCGCAACUCACUGACCCCACUGGAGGAGGAGGCCAUGCUGAGCUCCAAUAGCUAUCCGCGCGGCGCGGUCAACCAACGUGUAUACACCGAAGGUGGACUCCUGCUGGUGCCGCCCCAUCAGCAGCGCCAGCAGCAACUGACCCAAGCGGACGAGCCAUCGGAUCUGAAACAAGCUUUGCUAGCCAACAUCAUGGGAUUUGCCCGACACGAGCGCUUGGAUGUGAAGAAACCAGGUCCACAGCUGGGUCCCCCGGCUGAGCUGACAGUACUCACAGCUGCCUCACACUCAACCACUGCAACCACUGCGACUGCUGCGGAUGGCAAUAAGGAGGUGCUGCCUGCUCAUCUCAAGGGCGGUGAUGUCAACGAGCCUUUCAAGAAGAAGAAAGUGGUCAAGCAGGAGCAACAACAACAACAACACUCGGACGAGGAUCAUGCGCCGCAUACCGUAGACACUGAAUAUGCGCAUGUGUUCGUUAAGAACCCAAUUGACAGUUGGUACGAUGGGCAGCGGAUCAUGAAUGAGCUGGCACAAAUACUACACAUGCAGGGAUACUUUUCUUAUUUAACCGUUCAACCACACGUGGUCAGCUUCCGGGUGGACUCAAACAACCCCGAACGCAAAACGGCCGCCGAUGUGGCGCGUUACAUCAACGAGAAUCGCGGCGUGAAGAACAACAUACAACGUCGCGUGGGCUUUUAUGUCGUCCAGGCUGGUGUGGGCGACAAGGUGAAGGAUCUCAAACGCGAUCCGAGCGUCUCUGCCUCGCGCAUUGAGCUGGCCGAGCAGGGUCCCGAUGUCACCCAUAUAAUGGUCUAUAUGUUCGCCGGAGCCGGAGCAGCGGCCAUUGUUGUCAUUUUUGUCACCCUGAUCCUGAUCAAGCGCCACGAUCGCAAGCGCGAUAAGUUGGGCGGACUGCAGACGGGCACAAGCGGUGCCGAGAGCUGCAGCAAGGACUAUCAGGAUCUGUGCCGUGCUCGCAUGGCCGGCAAGAAUGGCAACCAGUCCACGUCGGGCGGUGGCGCGAAUGGCGGCGGCGGUGGCACUGCUGCUGCUGAGCCGGCGCACAGCGGUCGCAUCACCUCACUGAGCAAGGAGAACGAGGCGCGACCGCCAAGCUCACGCUCCAGUACAUCGUCCUGGAGCGAGGAGCCCGCCCUGACGAACAUGGACAUUUCCACGGGACAUAUGGUGCUGUCUUAUAUGGAGGAUCAUCUACGCAACAAGGGACGCCUGCAGCGCGAAUGGGAGGCCUUGUGCCGUUAUGAAGCCGAACCAAAUUCUCGAGAUGCCGCAUCGCAGCCGCAAUGCUCUAAUCUGAAUCGACCUGGCGCUCCUUUGCCCUAUGAUCACUCACGCGUUGUGCUAAACCAUCUGGCGAACGCUGAGGGAUUGGACUAUGUAAACGCUUCCACCAUUACCGACCAUGAUCCACGCGCACCCGCCUAUGUGGCGGCGCAAGGUCCCUUGCCCGCCACUUUGGCACACUUCUGGCAAAUGAUUUGGGAGCAGGGCGCUGUGGUGAUUGUCGCACUGUGUCGCCUCCAGGAGAAUGGCGAAGUGGCUUGUGCGCGAUAUUGGCCAGAGGAGGGCGCCGAGGUGUAUCACAUCUAUGAGGUUCAUCUAGUAAGUGAGCACAUAUGGUGUGACGACUAUUUAGUGCGCUCGUUCUAUUUGAAAAAUCUGCGCACCAGCGAGACACGCACAGUGACGCAAUUCCACUUUUUGUCCUGGCCACAGAUGGGCGUGCCGGCGCAGGCGAAGGCGCUGCUUGACUUCAGACGCAAGGUGAACAAGUCUUAUCGAGGUCGCUCGUGCCCCAUUGUGGUGCACGGCAGCGCUGGUGCCGGCCGCACUGGCUCCUAUAUAUUGCUGGAUCUGGUGUUGGGACGCAUGAACAAGGGCGCGCGUGAAAUUGACAUUGCUGCCACGCUGGAGCAUUUGCGGGAUCAACGCGCAGGCGUGGUGGCCACGCGUCAGCAAUUCGAGUUCGUUCUGAUGGCCGUGGCGGAGGAGGUGCAUGCCAUACUGAAGGCAUUGCCAGCGAACACCUCGGGUGAGAAGCGUGAACUGGACAAGGACAAGGAGCCGCUCAAGGAGGACAAGGCGCAAGAGGCAGCAGCAGCAGCAGAGGAACAGCAGCCGCAGCCCAGCACCAGCAGCGCCGCGGCCGCCGCCGCCGGCAUAAAGAAAACGCCAGAAACGAAACAGAAAUAAUUUCUCUAUCCCCUAUUGUAUAAUUUCCCAAAAUAUGUUGCAGCGUUCGGGGGUCUACAUUUCUUAGUUUCCUUAGUAGUUUGUAGAGCAAAAUUCGAGCUCAAGAAAUUUGCAUUUUGGUUUAGGCACUUGGCGAGUUCGAAAAAGGCUUCAGAAACGGUUUGGCCAGCGUUGGCGAGAAAGUGCAAAUUGCUUGAGCUUCAAAUUUGCUAACCAGAUAAUUCAAUUUUUAUGCAAACAUAAAGUUUGUAGCACUUACUACUACAUAUAUUAUUAUAUAUAUAUCGCUCACUGUAGAGCCGUGUGUAGAGCCGCAUCGGUGCUUGUCGAGCAUUUGCAGCACGCCGCUGUGGUGUAACACCAGCCCGUGGCAUCUACAGUGCGUCUCUGUACGUGGCAAGCGGGUGUGGCGAGCACAGUGCCUCACAGUGUUGCCCCGCACCUGCAAAGAAAACUUUUUGCUUCAUAUUAACAUAUGGAUUAUACGACAAAUAUAUUAUUGAUGUUUAUACGAUAUAUUU